GAGAGGGAGAGGAACGCUGACGUGAACGCUGACCAAACCCGCUAAUUAUCAACAAAAACACUUUUUUCCAACUAUCCCAUUCGCGGACUGACGGCGUUUCUUUGUUUUUUCUAAUUUCCUGUGGAAAAAUAUUAAUAUCCGCCAAGCUGGACGACAAAAUGGGGGUGAGCAAGAACCCGCUGCAGACGUUCGAGGUCCGGUUCGACGGCGGCGCCGAGCGCGGCUACUACACGGCCGGGGACCAGGUGUCGGGCCGGGUCAGGGUCAGGGCGGCCCGGACGCUGCGGGUGGCCGCGGCCGGACUCAGGUUCGUCGCCCUGGGCUACGCCCGGGCCGAGCUGGGCAAAGGGUCGCAGGCGCUGCGGCAGCAACAGCAGGAGUACCUGCGGCAUGGAGGGGCGCUCUGCCCCGACCGCCAGCACCAGCACCAGCAGGAGGAGCAGGAGCCCGCAGACACCAAUGGCGGCACCCUGCUGCGAUCGGGGGAAAUGUACGAGUACACCUUCACCUUCCCGUUGCCUAAAGGGCGUCUUCCCCCGUCCUUUAAAGGGAAGUACGGAGGCGUGUGCUACCUUGUGAAGGCCUUUAUUGACCAGGAGGCCCUGCCGCCGCUGGAGUGCAGCAAGGACUUUGAGGUGGUGGAGCCCAUCGAUGUGAACACACCAAACCUGCUGUCCCCAGUUGGUGGUUCCAACAAGAAGAACCUGACCUGCUUCUUCCUUGCAGACGGCUACGUGUGUAUCGCAGCCAAGAUUGACCGGAAGGGCUACUGUCAAGGCGAUGAGAUUUGCAUCAACGCCCAGUUCCAGAACAACUGCUCCAGGAUUAUCGUGCCCAAGGCGGCCAUCUUAGCCAAGCAGACCUACCUGGUGAACAACAGCACCAAGGUGGUGAAGGAGAAGCUCGGCUGCGUCCGGGGGAACCACAUCAUCUCGGGGAUGUCCGAUUCCUGGUGCGGCAAGUGCCUCCGGAUCCCCACAGUCAAGCCCUCCAUCGAUUGCAGCAUCUUGCGCCUGGAGUACUCCCUGCUGAUUUAUGUCCACAUUCCCGGCAGCAAGAAGCUGAUCCUGGACCUGCCGCUGGUGAUUGGCACCAUCCCCUACAGUGGCAUGGACAGCAGGUCGAGCAGCAUGGCCAGCGACUGCAGCAUGAGCAACAACAGCAUGAGCUACAACAGCAUGAGCUGGCCACACAUGGCCUUCCCACAGUCCAUGUCCGAUUCGUCAUUUGAGGAUAACCAUCGCAUGGAGUGCCCCACCACCCCGCUGCUGGAUGAGAACGACGGGGUCCCGGACAGCCCAAUCUUCAUGAAACCCGCCUUCAACUACCCCUCUCCACCCAUCUGCAACCUGGUGGAUGAGAACGGGAACAGCGCCUUCCCGGUGCAGUGAAGCAUCGUACGAAGCCAGGACACAUUAAAAAUAUUAUCUUGGACUUGCGUCUAAAUUCCGGUCGGCAGUUACGAGGUGCUGGCAGCGCAGGGCCCCUGAGGUGAAGGCGGAGGAGGGCCAGUGAAGAGGGGAAGGAGGUAUUAUCACUCCAUGUACAAAGCCUUGACUCCAGCAAUCGGGCAUUCGGAUCUCAGUUGUGUCGCGAUUCUCUGACGGCAGUGAGAGGGGCCCCACAACGUUCGGUAGUUCCUCAUCACCAGCGUUGUCAGCUAUGCUUGGGUUGUGUCUCAUUUUUAAUCUAAGGUGUUGUUUUUGUGUGUCAGAAGAAAUCAGUUUGCCUUAAAACUGACAGGUAUUUUGUAACUUGGCAGUGCCAUGUCUUGGUGCCAGGCCAGGGAAGCUGCUGCUGGGCACACCGCAGUCCUGCCAUUCACUGCCCUCCUUGCCCACCUGGGGUAGGACAAGCCCCAACUUAGAAUGACAAUAAGAACCCAAAGAUUCUCUCUGACCUCUGCUGCAACCAACUCACUCCAAACACGUAGGCUUCAGUAUCUUUUUAAAUUGUCCCUAGUGUGUAGGAGGAUAGUGACCGUCUACGUGGGACCGCUGGUCGGCACCGACUCGGACAGCCCAUAGGUCCUGUUUCCCCGCUGUAUCUCAAGUCUAACAUUGAAGUGUGUAGGGAUAGAGGGAGCUGAAGAGGCACCGCAUAGAUUUCUUAAAUUUCAAAUAACCUCUUUUAAAAAAGUAAAACAUGUAUAGGUGGUGUUGCCUGGAUCGCUGAGUUACUCCAGCAUUUAGUGUCUAAACCAGCAUCGGCAGUUAUGGCAAUACUGCGAGCGCGUGUAUUUUUCACUCCAGUGUGUUCUCUCUGACCAGAAAGCCACUCCCGUGUGUGUGUGUGUGUAUGUGAGCCACUGUUGCAAGAUUCCAGCUCCAUCCUUUGGAGAAGCCUUAAGCUUCAGAAUGCAAAUUGCUCAGUUGUUUCCCCCCCCCCUCUCUGUCAGGAGCUCCACAAACAAGCUGGGGCUCACCACUGUGCAGCCUACACAUAUUAACUACAAUGGUAUUGGAGCCACUUUGAUGCCAUAUUCUGAAGUAUAUCGCCACUGUUAUACAAUGAACACUGUGGCCUCUGGUCAUUCUCAAUAAGGGACAAUAAUAUCUCAUGUAAUGCAACGUAUUUACUGUUGAAGUGUUAUUUGUAUUCAGAUUUAUUUAAACCACUUGGUUUUGUGUAUUUUUCUGCACUCUGCUAGUAAUGUGCAUCUUGCCAAAGGUUAUUUUGUAUUUUUCUAAGAAGUCUUUUAUUUUGUACACUUGAUGUUUUCAAUAAAAGUUGAAAUAUUUUAAAGUAA